CUUUGUAAAAGUUGUCCAUACGUGUGUGGACACGUGUGGCAGGUCUGGGGAGCUGCGGCGGGCCGGUGGGAGACGUGGAAAAGUCUGUAUUGCAUUAGAUGGAAACAUGCAGCAAUUCUUAGACAACCUAGACAAGCUAUUGGAAGAGCGAAGUUAUGUUGACGGCUUUUGCGCGUCCUCCCUGGACCAGUCUCUGUUCAAGCUUGUCACAAAGCCAGAUGCCGGGAAAUACCCGCACGUCGGGCGCUGGCAUCGGCACAUUGAGGGUCUGGUCAAACUAGGGACGCCGUUCGUGGCGUCCGCCAGGUCGCUGCACGAGUGCGGCAUCGACGCCCCGCAGGCGGCGCCGGGAGCGCCAGAGAGAGCAAGGUCAAAAAUGAAGGACAAGAAGGGUGCAGUAGGCGAUAAAGGGAAAGGAGUUGCAGCAAAGGAGCUUAGUCCAUGGCCAGGCUAUAUUCAGGAGCGGCUGUCGCUGUGGGACCGGCUGAAAGCCAAGGCUGAUGCCGAGCUGGCGGCCAAGACGCCCGAGCCGAUCAGUGUCACCCUGCCCGACGGCAGGGUGGUGGAGGCGCAGUCGUGGCGUACCACACCCUACGACGUAGCCAAGGGCAUCAGCCAAGGUCUGGCCGACAACACGGUAAUCGCCAAGGUGAAUGGAGAGCUUUGGGACCUGGACCGGCCGCUGGAGGGCGAUGCCUCGCUGCAGUUGCUGAAGUUCGACUCGGACGAGGGCAAGUAUGUGUUCUGGCACUCGACUGCGCACGUGCUGGGCGAGGCGAUGGAGCGCGUGUACGGCGGCUGUCUCUGCUACGGUCCGCCCAUCGAGGAGGGCUUCUACUACGACAUGCACCUAGAGGACGGCCAGGUGAGCAGUCAGGACUUUGACUCACUGGAGACGGUGAUGAAAUCGGCCAUCAAGGAGAAGCAACAGUUCGAGCGGCUGGAGAUCUCCAAGGAGGACCUGCUGAAGAUGUUCCGCUACAAUAAGUUCAAGGUGCGCAUCCUCCAGGAGCGCGUGCAGACGCCGACCACCACGGCGUACCGGUGCGGCCCGCUGAUCGAUCUGUGUCGCGGCCCGCACGUGCGUCACACCGGCAAGAUCAAGGCCUUCAAGGUCACCAAGAACUCGGCCACCUACUGGGAGGGUCGGGCCGAUGCCGAGUCGCUGCAGCGUGUCUACGGCAUCUCGUUCCCGGACACCAAGCAGCUGAAGGAGUGGCAGCAUUUCCAGGAGGAGGCGGCCAAGCGUGACCACCGCAAGCUGGGCCGGGAGCAGGAGCUGUUCUUCUUCCACGAGCUGUCGCCCGGCUCGUGCUUCUUCCAGCCGCGUGGUGCGCACAUCUACAACACGCUGGUGGAGUUCAUCCGGACCGAGUACCGCAAGCGCGGCUUCCAGGAGGUCGUGUCGCCCAACAUCUACAACGUCCGGUUGUGGGAGACGUCGGCCCACUGGCAGCACUACGCCGAGAACAUGUUCUCGUUCGAGGUGGAGAAGGAGAAGUACGCGCUGAAGCCGAUGAAUUGCCCGGGCCACUGCCUCAUCUUCGACCACCGGCCGCGCUCGUGGCGCGAGCUGCCGCUGCGGCUAGCCGACUUCGGCGUGCUGCACCGCAACGAACUGUCGGGCGCGUUGUCCGGCCUGACGCGCGUCAGACGCUUUCAGCAGGACGACGCGCACAUCUUCUGCACCCACGACCAGAUCAAGACGGAGGUGAUGGGCGCGCUGGCCUUCCUGCGCGACGUCUACUCCUGCUUCGGCUUCACGUUCCAGCUGAACCUGAGCACCCGGCCGGAGAAGUUCCUCGGCGAGGUGGAGCUCUGGGACGACGCCGAGAAGCAGCUGAAGGACUCGCUGGACGCCUCGGGCCAGCAGUGGCAGCUGAACCCCGGUGACGGUGCAUUUUACGGGCCCAAGAUCGACAUCCGCGUGCUGGACGCGCUGCGCCGUUACCACCAGUGCGCCACCAUCCAGCUCGACUUCCAGAUGCCGAUCCGAUUCAACCUCAACUACAUCAGCGAAAGCGGCGAGAAGAAGCGGCCGGUGAUCAUCCACCGGGCGGUGCUGGGCUCUGUGGAGCGGAUGAUCGCCAUCCUCACCGAGUCGUACGGCGGCAAGUGGCCGUUCUGGCUGUCGCCUCGCCAGGCGGCCGUCGUUCCGGUGGGCCCCGCCUACGACGCGUACGCGCUGGAGGUGCGUGAUCGUGUGCAUGCGGCCGGCUUCUGCUGCGACGCCGACCUGGACGCCGGCGACACGAUGAACAAGAAGAUCCGCAACGCCCAGUUGGCGCAGUACAACUUCAUCUUCGUCGUCGGGGAGAAGGAGCGGAGCAAUGGCACGGUGAACGUGCGCACGCGCGAUAACAAGGUGCACGGCGAGCACUCAGUCGACCACGUGGUGGAGCGCUUCCGCCAGCUGCGUGACAGCAAGAGUCAGGCGGCCGAGGAGGAGUUCUAGCGCGCCAGGCCCGGGUAGCUGGCGGGGGUUGUGAUCAGGUGCACGGCUCCAGCGACACGUCGCACCGCGGCACCAAACCGCUGUUUAAUUUGAUUCAUCCGACGGUCAUGGCAUGCGCUCAGUGGUCGUGCUCUCCGACGAGAUGCCUCCGCGGCUCUGACGUCACGACCAAAGAUCCGUUCCGGUUUGUUUACGUGGGUUCCCGCGUUCUUGUGAUCGGAACUUUUAGAUAAAUAUAUCGCUGCUGGCACCAAG